CCCGUGUGUCAUAGGAGGCCCUGACAGCAGAUGUCAUUUCAUUCUGGCCUCACUUUCGUUCACUUUUUUCCGACUGCCUUGGCGAGAUGUCGUGCUCAUCCACCCCGUCUAGACACAGCAACGACUUGGUGGGAGAUGGCAGCUGGAUCGGCUGGUUCUUGGGGAUCAAGGGCAACGAUUUCCUGUGCCGCGUGCCCACCGACUACAUCGAGGAUAAGUUCAACUUGACGGGCCUGGAGUUCUUCAGCCAGACCUUGGACUUGGUCCUGGAACCGGAGUUCGAGAUUCCGGGCUGGGACAAUACGGUGGAUACGUCGGACGCGGAGCAGCUGUACGGCAUGAUCCACGCCAGAUAUAUCCUGACAGCGAGGGGCGUGGAGGAUAUGUGUCUGAAGUACGAGAGGGGUGACUUUGGCUCCUGUCCGCGGGUCUUCUGCAAGGGCCAAAGGACCCUGCCCGUCGGCCUCUCCGAUCAGUGGAAUCAGUCCCACGUGAAGAUAUAUUGUCCCCGUUGCCAGGACAUCUUUCAGCCCAGAUCUCGUUGUGGAUUGCUCGAUGGAGCCAUGUUUGGAACCGGUUUCCCACACAUGUUUUUCAUGCAACUCCCUAGCAUGAGACCCCAUCCUCCGAAGGAGAAGUACGUGGCCCGUCUCUAUGGCUUCAAGAUCCAUAAGCAGGCCCUGAUGCCAUAUGAACCGGCUGAAGUGCUUCCCAAGAAUCACGGAUCUUCGACCAGCAAGUCCACCUUCUUGGCUUCCACAAAUCCAAUGACACUACCUAAUCCUUCACGUCGCUCUAUAAGAGGGCUGAAUGUCUAAGUUGAACUCUAAACCAAGGGAAAGCACACACAUGUUGGUCUGAUGUCCUGUUGUUGCAAUUAAACGGAUUCUUGCUUAGUGGAUUGAUAUGGCCAUAUAUUCGAAAACUAUACAAACACACACUCUACUCAAUAUGCCAAAACACUAUGAUAUUCAUAUCUGGCCAUAUCAAACACUUGUAAUGCUUAAAUGAGUAGCAAAA